CCGUGCCGAUCUUUCAUCACUUCCGCAUCCGCUUCGUGAAGCUCAAGACAAUCACUCUGGAUUAUCAUUCACCAUGGUCAAGCUAACUCUGUCUCCGCGCACCCCGCAAACCGUGGACGCGUUCCUGCAGUUCAUCAACAAUAGUCCGAGCCCGUUCCACGCCGUCUACGAGACCGUACAGGCCCUCACUGCUGCCGGCUUCAAGCAGCUGCGAGAGGAGGACUCGUGGAAGGACGCCGUGCAGCCAAACGGUAAGUACUACGUAACGCGGAACCAGUCUGCCAUUAUCGCCUUUGCCGUCGGCGGCAAAUACCAGCGCGGCAAUGGCUUCCACGUCAUCGGCGCGCACACGGACAGCCCAUGCCUCAAGGUCAAGCCUGUAUCCAACAUUGAGUCGCAGGGCUGGCUCCAGGUGGGCGUCGAGACGUACGGUGGCGGUCUCUUCCACACGUGGUUCGACCGCGAUCUGGGUCUCGCCGGCCGCGUCAUUGUGCGUGAGAGCGACUCGAGUUUCAAGUCGAAGCUGCUGCUCGUAAACCGCCCCAUCAUGCGUAUCCCCACGCUCGCGAUCCAUUUGGACCGCAAGGUAGCGGAGGGUUUCACCUUCAACAAGGAAACCCACCUGCGUCCGGUGAUCGCUUCUGCCGCUCGCGCUGAGUUAGAGGCCACCACCGACGGCAAGGACCAGCCCAAGUCCAAACACGCUUCCGUGCUGCUGCAGCUGAUCGCCAAGGAGCUGGACGUCAAGAUCGACCAGAUCUGCGACUUUGAACUGUGUCUGUUCGACACCCAGGGAGCUAACGUCGGCGGUGUGCUCGAGGAGUUCAUCUUCUCACCCAGACUGGACAACUUGUGCUGCUCGUGGCUCGCCACGCAGUCGCUGAUCAAGUCGCUGGACAACCUCGCGAACGAUGAGAACGUCCGUGUGGCAGCGCUGUUUGAUAACGAAGAGGUGGGAUCUCAGUCGCUUAUGGGUGCCGGAUCCAACUUCAUGCAGUCUGUAGCGGAGCGUGUGGCCCAGGGCGAGCUGUGCGGUGCUGCGGCCAGGAAGUCGUUCAUGGUAUCUGCUGACAUGGCUCACGGUGUGCACCCGAACUACAGUGACAGACACGAGCAGAACCACCGUCCCGCUCUGCAUGCUGGACCUGUGAUCAAGCACAAUGCCAACGAACGUUACGCCACUAGUGGCACUUCCUGCUUCUUGAUGAAGGAGCUUGCUCGUCGCCACAACGUGGACAUUCAGGAAUUUGUGGUGCGUCAGGACACUGGAUGCGGUUCGACUAUCGGCCCCAUUUUGUCGACGAACACGGGCAUCCGCACGAUCGAUGUGGGUCUCGCUCAAUUGAGUAUGCACAGCAUCCGUGAAAUGUGCGGCACGGAGGACCUUGUAAAGACGAUGGAUUGGUUUACCGCCUUCUACUCGGAGUUCUCAUCUCUCGACAAGUGCCUCAAGACCGACUAAGCUGUGAAGUAGCGAGUACCAGGUACUGAAGAUGUAAGUCCGAGUGCUGGUAAUUGAUUUUAUCGACUCCUUGUUCGUGUAGGAAGCGAAGAGAUUCAAGAAAUCAUUUUACUUUACUUGGUACCGAACGGUUAAUGUUUUUGUGCUUCCAGGAUGUCUAAUAAAUUAGGUAUUUCUGCCUGCACGUGAAUGAUGCUCCCUCAUCAGGAAC